UCCCCUUGGUACGACACAUGGAGUCACGAAUCAUGAUCCCUUUGAAGAUUUCUCCUCUCCAGUGAUGCUGCCACUGCCUCCAUCUCCUUCCCUUCUCCCUUGGGGCAACCUGAGUCAGAGAAGCUUCCAUACCUACUGGUUUGGUUUUCUCGCAGCUCUGGAUGGACUCUGAUGGGCAAUGCUCAGUUUAGGCAAAGAUGACAUUUUCUGAGGAUUUACAACUCUGCUAACCCUCCCUACCUCUUUCUCCCAUGCUGGAAGAAGUUUCCCUGGAUUGAAGAAUAGCACAUUUUCCUUAAAGAUUCCCCAUUUCAAGGCCAUCAGUUGCCAGCUAUCACUGUGGACAUGGUUUAGUUGCAUAAAAAGUGGCAUGACCAUUGAUUAGAGGUAGGAAAGGAAGAGGUCAGACCAGGCAUGGCCCUCAAGAACUUCUUGAUCUCCAUUUGUUAGAAAAGCAAGUCUGAGCCAAAUCCUAUCACUAGUAAAAAGCCUGGAACUGCCAUAAAGUGCAAAAUCAUCAAAAGUCAGAAGGAGAUCCAGAAUUCUGCCUAGAGAGGCUGGGAAAAGGAUGGGAGUAAGAAGGAUUGGGUAUAAGAGACAGAUGGGGAACAGGAACCCAGAAAAAAUUGGAACUUAGACUUCAGAUCUUUGGUUUGAAACACUGAAUUUGAAAUACAGAAUUGGGUAGAUAACAGAUGACCUCUUGGGGAGGGGGUCCCAAGUAAUGGACAGUUGAAGAGGUUUACUCAUUUCUUUCUAUAUAAUGUGGUUAAAAACUUGAAUAUGUGUUUCCAGCUCUUCUGCUCUUCCUCCUGCCAAAAAUACAAGCUGAGACCUAUAUUCCCUUAUCUUGAAUCCCUUCCCUACUUGACAUUCUGUCAGCCAAGACCUCAUUUUGCAAAGCCACCCGGUCUGUGGAGUGGGCUGAGUGAUCCUGCAGUGGGUGUGUGGGGGGUGUUUCUCGAUGACUUCCAUAUCACAUGAACCCUGAAUAGCUUGAUUUUACUUCCAUAUUGGGAAAAUGUACUGGAAUGAUAAAUGGAACCAAUUAUUUACUAUAAA